AUGUCGUUCCGCGGCGACGAUCAGCGCCGUUUCGGCCAUGUGCCGCCUGUUCAGUAUCCUGUUGCGAAUCAACCGCAGCAGCAGCAGCAGCAACAGCAGCAGUACGAGUAUCCAGCGCGACGGCCGAGCUUCAACAACGGUGACGACAGCUCGUACUUUGACCAGAACCGCCAGCAGCCGCAGCCGCAACACCAGCUGCAUCAUGCACAGGCCAGCAUCCCCAGCCGCGGCGAGGACGAGCUCUUUUUGACGAGUCCCGUCGACAGUCCGGCUCCAGCGCCGCCCAUCCCUGCAAAACCGGCAGCCUAUGGGGGGCCUGUAUCCAACCCCGCCACGGCUAUGUCCGGGUACCAGCAUCAGUACCAGACAAUUGCGCCCCAGUCGUCGUACAAUCCUCAGACGUUUGCACGCUCGCAGUCGCAGUCGUUGCCGUACCACCCACACCCCUCUGCCCGCUUGGCCUCUCCGACCAUGCCCUCCUUUUCCAGCUUCCAACAGCAACCACAACAGCAGCAGCAGCCGCCGCCGCCGCAGCAACAACAACAGCAACAACAAAGCUACACGCCAGUCGCAUACAACCCGGCAGCAUACGCCAGCACACAAAGCGCCGUGCCGCAGAGAACUUCGACAUACGCCGGCUACAGCAGUUACCAGCACCAGUACAACUCGCCGGCUGCGCCGCCCCCGCCAGCACCGGCUGCUACAUCGCCCUACACACAGCCGCCGCAGCAGACGAGCGCUGCCAUUUACACACCUCCGCCUCCAGUGCACCCGUCUCCGACACCGUCGGCACCGUCUUCCUACCAACCCGGGUCCUACUACGAUACCUCGCCUUCGACAACGGGUAUCUCUCCCCAACCGGCCGCAUAUAACCAGGAACAGUACCAGGCAAACUACAACGCCAGCAGCAGCUUCAUUUCUCCUCCGAACACGACUGCUGGCUAUUCAUCGGCAAACGGAGUCAGCCCCAUGCCGUCGCCCGGUGCCAUUCCCAGCACAAUGACCUCCCAGGCACCUUACCCGACCUUUUCGCACACCCCCGCAACCAGCAGCUUCCCAGUAGAUCCCAACGCCUUUGCCAGCCGCGUAUCACGGUCAAACUCGGCGACCUCCCCCGUCCCAUCGCCGCCCGCGCAUUCUUCGUCCCCCGCAGGCCUGCAACGACACCCCACAAACGCUCCCCUGCCCAGCCGACCGCCCAUGGACGACGUCGAAGAAGAGGGCUGGGGCAGUGGCGGCGGGGGCGCGGCUCUUGGCAUCGCCAGCAACCGUAGCCAUGGCCAUAACCACAGUAACGACCGUGUGACGCAAGACAAUCUUUACCACGACAUCGAGGCUGACCUUGGUAUCACAAACCCGAGCAACGGCGACGAAAAUGGUAGCCUGCAGCUUCCGCCCGCGGCUCCCACCGACGAAGUCUCUGAAGACGACUUUUACCGCCGCAACUCGCGCGCAUCCUCUACCCGUCCUAGUAUUAGUGGGUGGUCCAGUGCAGCAUCUGGCGUGGGCCGCGCACCGUCGUCGGCAUCUACAACGUCCGGCGUCUACCCUGGCAGUGUCGGCGCUGCUGCGCCCUCGACGUAUCGCUGGGAGGACGAUAGCGACCCUGAAGGUGCCUUUGGUGUGUACGAGAUGCAGCAGGCCGACUUGGACGAACAGCGCUUCAGCAUCAGCGGUGCGUCCAUGGCCUCUGGUAUGAGCAGCGCCACAACGAGCCACUACAACUACAGCGGCCAGCAGCAGCACCAACACCACGACGAUGGCCAGGGCACCGCCGCACGCACAACAACACCCCUGCCGCCCCAGCCGGAAGAGGCAAAUGUCAGCGAUGGCGAGUUCGUUGGUAUGGACAUCGGACUGUUCAGCGGCGGCUACGCCGGCAACCUGACAUAUGGUGAACCUGUGGAAGGUGGUCACAUCGGGCGGAGCGCGUCUUCUGCAAUGGCGUCUCACGACCGUCCGCCGCAAUCUACGACACCGCGACCUUACGAGAGCGAAGCACAACAGUAUGCACCGUUUGCGGAAGCCGAGAUGGACUAUGAUGGCACCGGCGGCCUGCAGCCUCCGACGCUGCACCGCCUCAGCUUCGAUGAGGGCGACGAGCGCGUGUCCAUUCACUCGGGCCGCAGCGGUAGCGAGUCCCCGACCAAGGAUGAAUAUCCAGACAUGUUCUACCACCCGGGCCUCUCGAGCCGUCCCCUACCGGCCCUUCCGCAAGGCCUUGCUGAUGUUAGUCGCAGCGGUAGCAGCAGCAGCAAUCUGCUGUCGGCCACGCCCUCCAAUGCAUCACGCUUGUCCUACCGGCAGCACGCCUAUUCACACAGCUCGGACUCGCGGUCGUCCACCUACAUGUCUGUCCAGGAUCAACAGCAACAGCAGCUCUUGAUGCAGCAGCAAUACCAACAACAGCUGCAAGUUGAGCGAUCGACAUCCAUGUCUAACCACAGCACGACACCCGUGGUCCAGGUCCCCGGCCGCUCGCGCACCGAUGCGGCCGAGGAGCGACGAAAGGCUCAGCGGCAGGUGGCUGCGCAGCAAGGGCUUCCCUACGACGCCGCCAAUUACGAUACGGCCAGCACCGCGUACGAUGUUAUCACCCUUCCUACCGGCCGGCGGAAGAAGUUCGUGCCGUCCAAGCUGUCGUCCAACGACUUCCGCCGCUGUCAUGAGCCCUGGGCUCUCAGCAACAUUGCCCGCUGGGUGCGCGAAAUGGCCGACGGCGAGCCAGACCUCAAGCGUAAGACGAUCGAGGAGGGCCUGGUCGCGCUGUUCACCACCAAGGUGCCCAACAUGAACGUUGCCGACGCCGAGACCCUGGCCACCAACGUGGCCGACUCCAUGUUCACGGCCGGCAUCCUGAUCCCCGAGGAAGAAUGGGUCAAGUUUGGUCCUGGUGAGAUCAGCGGUGUCCUGUGGCAGCUGACGGAUUCAGGCUGCUACGCCCCGUUUGUGCAUGCACACGAAAUACCCGGACGCUGUUACUCAUACUACUGCACGCGGACGCUGAAGAAGGCCAAUCUCGACGAGUUGAUGUCGGAGGUGUCGACCAAGAAGGAGGACUGGGUGACCCACUACAAGAUCACCAAGGAGAUCAUCGAGAGCAAGCCCCGCAAGGAGGUCGAGCGCCAAAACGUCUUGCACGAAAUCGUUACCAGCGAGGAAGAGUACAACAACCAGCUCGACGUACUGCGCGUGCUGUAUAAGAACCAGCUCCGCCACUGGCAGCCGCCCAUCAUCCCGCCGAACCGGCUCGACAAGUUUAUCAACACAGUCUUUGGCAAAGUCGAGUCAAUGCAGCGCGUCAGCAAAGACCAUCUGCUCGCCCAGCUCAAGUACCGCCAGAACGAGCAGGGCCCCUGGAUUGUCGGCUUUAGCGACAUCUUUCGCGAGUGGAUUCGCAAGGCCAAGGACGAGUACAUUGCAUACUCGACCGACUACCCCAUUUCGUCCUUUACGGUGCGCAAAGAAGCUGCGCGCAACGUGCUCUUCCGACAGUUCCUGGAACACGUCCGCAACCACAAGCGGUCCGACCGUCUGGGCUGGGACACGUUCCUCAAGGCGCCCAUUACGCGUCUGCAGCGCUACUCACUUCUUUUGAGCACAGUGCUCAAGAACACGGUGCAGGACAGUGAGGAGAAGGCCAAUCUGGCGCGGGCCAUUGAAGAGAUUCGCCUCGUCACCAAGGACUGCGAUCGGCUCGUCGACGAGAUGGGCAAGAAGGUGUCUCUGCAGGAACUGCAGAACCAGCUGGUGUUCCGCCAGGGCUCCCAGACGGUGCUGAAUCUCGACCACCUGGGGCGCGAGCUGCUCCUGCAAGGCGAGCUCCAGCGAAUGGGCUCCAAGGGUGUGCGCUGGGUCGAUACGCAAGCGCUGCUGUUCGACCACUACUUUAUCCUGGCCAAGGCGAUCCCCUCCAAGGACGGCCGCGGCGACAAGAAGUACGACGUGUCCAAAGAGCCUAUCCCCAUGCCGCUUCUUCUUCUCGAAAGCAUGAACGACGAUCCCAUCUCCAAGCAAAAGGGCCUCGCAGCACCCCUGGCUCGCACGACCACGGCCUCGGCGUCCGAUAUCCGCCUCAACAAGGUCAUGUCCAACGGCGCCCCCGGCCGGCCCGAACUCGAACACACGGCCACGGCCAGCUCCACGGGCUCGAGUGUCACGCGGCUCAACACUGGCACGCCUGCAGAAGAGGGCAAAAUCCUGUAUCCCUUCCGCGUCAAGCAUCUCGGCCACGAAGUGUACACGCUGUAUGCAACCACGCCACAGAGCCGCCAGGAGUGGUGCAACAAGAUCGUCGAGGCCAAGACGCGGCACGCGCGUGCACUGCUCGAGCAGAAUGCCGAACCGUUCCGUCUGCGCGUACUGGCCGACAGCGCGUUCGCGUACGACUCCAUGACGGCCAUUGGCAAGCACGCCAGUGUCUCCAUCCGCGGCACGCCGCUGGACCGGUCGAUCCGCGAGAUGGAGCAGGUGUUUGGCCCAGGACGUGGUCCAGCGCCCGUUUGCCGCGCUUCCGUGAAUUGUGCGACGGGCUUCACGGCCUAUGGCAAGUCGAUUAUUGCCAUAGGUACCGACUUUGGUGUCUACAUUUCGGACGCGUCCAAUCCUCGCGGUUGGACAAGAUCCGUUCAAAUCAACAAAGUCACGCAGAUCGCGGUGCUCGAGGAGUUUUCGGUGUGCUUGGUCCUUGCUGACAAGGCUCUGAUCUCGUACCCGCUGGACGUCGUGGCGCCCGUGUCCAACUUCCCUGCGCCGAACAAUGACAACGCGCGACGGGCGCCGCAGCGGCUGGCCAAGGACGUGUCGUUCUUUGCGACGGCGCGGAUGAAGGAACGCAUGCUGCUCUUCUACAAGCGCAAAGAGGGUUUGCAUAACACGUUCAAGGUCCUCGAGCCGGUGUUCCAAAAGGCAUCGGAAAAGAAGUCGCGAUUCUUUGGCAGCAGCCGGCGUGGUGGCAGCAGCGGGAGCAGUGGCGGCACCGAGUCCUUCCGCGACUUUGACGAGUUCUACCUGCCGACCGAUUGCUUCUCGCUCAACCUGUUCCAGACGUACGUGGCCGUCUCGACGGCCAAGGGCAUCGUGAUGCUCACGCUGGACCGCAAACAGACCAUGUCGGUGCCGCGCGACUUGGCGAUGCCGGCGACGGCCAACAUUGCUGCACGGAUCCGCGACCAGCGCCCGCUCGGCAUGUUCCGGCUCAACGACCAGGAGUUCUUGCUCGCGUACGAGGACUGUGCCGUGUACUCGGACAAGCACGGCGAGGUGUCGCGCACGCUGAUCAUGGAGUACUCGGGCAAGCAGAAGAAGGCGCGCGCGGCCACCAUGUUUGGGCAGUACCUGCUGCUGUUCAACGAAGACUAUGUCGAGGUGCGCAACGCCGAAAACGGGCGGCUGCGGCAGAUCAUUGCCGGCAACGACGUGCGGUGUCUCGACUACGGGUUUAGAGGCCCCACGGGCGGAGACAAUGCAUCCGCGACGGCGGCGACACCAGCCAACAAUGCGGCGGCGGGCGGCGCGACGGGCACGGCGGGAACGGGCCAGAACUCCCAGGGCACGGUCAAGAUCAGCAUGACGCACCCGGAGGCGGGCGGCAUGCAGAUUGUGCUCGAGCUCCUCUUGAACGACGGGCAUUCGGAGAAGGUAUAG